AUGUCGGAAAAGAAGGGAGAUGGACGUUCACCGUCCCCACCAUCAGAUCUUGAAACUAAAACCGAAACCAAAGUUAUCACAGGACUUGAACAAAAUGAUGAAGAGAUCGAGAGAGAAAGGAACCGCAUCCUCCGCGAGCAGGAGGAGCUUCGCAAGCAAGAUGCUCCGAUCAUCCCAAUCAUGUCUUUUUUCAAGAAAAGAAGUGGCUAUGAUGAGAACGCAAUAGCUACCCAGCCGUCAGUCUAUGAUCAGCCAUCAACCGCCAAAUUCUUCCAGCCGCAUCCGCGGUAUGAAAACCUCCACCGCUUCGAGCCAUCCUUCCGCUGGACUUGGGGUGAAGAGCUUCGGCUGAUCAACAAGCUGGAUUGGAAAAUAACCCUCUUUGCGUGCCUUGCUUUCUUCGCUCUCGACCUCCCCCGUGGAAACUUGAGUCAAGCGAACUCAGCAUCCUUUCUUGAGAGUCUAGGAAUGGACACGAACGAUUACAAUUUGGGAAAUACUGUCUUUCAAAUAUCUUUUCUGUGCGCUGAACUGCCAUCACAGAUGGUUAGCAAGAAACUUGGCCCCGAUCGGUGGAUCCCGUUCAUUAUGUGUUCGUGGAGUCUCGUAUCAGGAUGUCAGUUUUGGCUCAGCGGCAGAACCUCGUUCCUAGUCUGUCGUGCAUUGCUUGGGGUUCUUCAGGGAGGCUUCAUCCCUGAUAUGGUACUGUACCUCACAUACUUCUUCAAGUCAACGGAGCUUCCCUUUCGACUGGCCAUGUUUUGGACCGUUCGGCGAAUCACCGACAUUGUCGCGCCUCUUUUGGCUCUAGGAGUUCUACGUAUGCAUGGCAUCAACGGAUAUGAAGGCUGGCGAUGGCUGUUUCUGAUCGAGGGUAUCCUGACGACCUCAAUCAGUAUUUGGGCAUGGUUUAUGAUGGCCCCAUCUCCGACACAAACUCGUGCGCCCUGGAGAAAAGAAGGCUGGUUCAAUGAACAUGAAGAGAAGAUUCUCGUCAACCGAAUCCUGCGCGACGACCCCUCCAAGGGCGAUAUGCACAACCGUCAAGCCAUCACGCCCAAAUUGCUUCUCAAAUCAUUAGCCGACUGGGAACUUUGGCCGAUUUAUAUCUUCGGGUUGAUUUGGGAGAUUCCGGCUGGCCCCCCUGACCAGUACCUCACCCUGACACUGAAAAACCUGGGAUUCGACACGAACGACACCAAUUUGUUAAGCAUACCGCCUCAGUUUCUCGGUGCUAUCUGCAUGUUGAUUAUGACAUAUCUUUCCGAAAUUUGGGACUCCAGAGCGCUGUUUGGUGCCUUCACUCAGCUCUGGUAUCUGCCCAAUCUGAUUGCCAUGGCAGUUCUCCCGGCAGACAGUAGUCCCUGGGUACAGUACGCAGUUGUUACAGUUCUAUUAUCCUAUCCGUCUCCGCAUGCCAUGCAUGUCUCUUGGGCUUCUCGAAACUCACACACUGUCCGUACAAGAGCUGUAUCCGCGGCUUUGUAUAACAUGAUGGUACAACUUGCCCGUGUCAUCUAUUCCAACAUUUACAGAGAAGAUGAUAGACCCGAGUAUCGUCGUGGUAAUCGAGUUUUGGUUGGGAUAUGUUGUAUGAACAUCUGCAUCUACCUUCUCGCAAAAUUAUUCUACAUGUGGUGCAAUAAAAAGAGAGAGAAGGAAUGGAGUUCGAUGACAGAAGAGGAGCGCAAUCAUUACUUGGAAACAACCAAGGAUCAAGGCAGCAGCAGGAAAGAUGUCCGCUUCAAGCAUUAG